AAAAUAUAACGCAGCUAAAAUCAUGGAGAACAUGACAAAUAAGUAAAUUCACUUCUCAAAUAAUAGUAUAGAUAAGCAAAUUCACUUCUCAAAUAAUAGUAUAGAUUUUGAUCUAUUCGCAAAAAAUAUAUCAUGAAAUAAAUAUUGAAAUAUAUAUUGCAAUAAAUUAGUUAUGUUCUCAUAAUUUAAUUUUUUUUAUUUUAAUUUUUUUUCCAUAAAUUUCAACAUAUAAAGUUUUCAUCUUAAUCAUAUAAAAUAUCUAUGCGCUAUUAAUUAAGUUUUGUUGUCAACAAAAUUAAAUUUUGAUUUAAUUUAGAUUUUUUGGGUCACAAUUUAUGUUAUUAGUUUAAAACUCAUAAUAAUAGUUGAAAUUUUAGAUUUUGAAUGAAAAUAACUUUUAUUUAUAUACUAUUUUUUCUACAACUGACAAAUAGAUGAUAAUGUGAAGAUUUAAAUACAUAUAAUUUUAAUUAGUCAUUUUCUCAGGAAUCUUACCAGUUAUUUAGAAAAUAUGUAAUUUUAAAAUUAAAAUCUUCAUAAAGUUCAAAAAAUAACAAAAUUUUCAUCCUUAUCAUAAAAUAUACUUUUUUGUUAUUACUCAAUAGAACAAUUAAUAAUUAUUAAUUAAGCAAAUAUGUUUUAUCAACAAAUCUAGUUUAUAAGUUAUUUUGUGUUUUGAAAAUUAUUUGGUUAUAUUUUAUGGUAAUAGAUCUUAGCACAUAAUAAAUAUUUAAAGCUUUAGCUUAUACUUCAAAAAGAGAAAAAGAUUAUUGUGUGCACAAUUUGUUUUAUAUUCCUAUCACACACACACACACACAUAUAUACAUAAAGCUUUUCACUUUGUUUAUAUAUGUAUUAGGGUGGGAAAAAAAUAGAUGACAACGGUGAAGCUUCCGUGGGAUAUGGAGGUAGAGAUACUCUCUUGGCUUCCACCUCGAUCUCUUGUUCGGUUCCGAGCCGUGUGCAAAAAAUGGAACUCUCUUCUCAAUGACAAGAGUUUUCUCAACCAGCACUCGUCUAGAUCUCGUCCCCAGUUCAUUUUCUUAACUAAAUCGAAGACUUACUCGAUUGACGUUGACCUCGGCGGCGCAGGAGUUGGUCCAACGAUAAAGAUGUGUGAGGAAGUGGUCUCUGUGGUCCGCCCUCACUGAGGGGGCUGCCCCUUUGUCUUUGAAGGGAAAUUUGUUUUGGAUUGGUUACUGUGACGAGAUACGUGAAAGUAC